UUUGACAAGCGUGUUUGGCAGAUACUAAAGAAUUUGUCAAAAUUAAAAAAGCGUUUUGUUUUUUUGGUUUGGAUGCACGGUUUUGCUGUGUAUUUUCGAAAAACUUUCAUAUUUUCAUAAAAGAAUGGCUGCAGAUAAUUCCGAUAGUGGUUCCGAUUCUGGUUCUAGUAGCAGAAGUCCAUCUCCAAGAACAGCUCGUACACCGGGACGACCUGAUGUUGCUCAAGCUCCAGGAUCUCCAGACAGUCCUAAAUCGGGUAGUGGUAGUGAUCGUUCACGUUCUGGUACACCAAAAAGCAAGAAAUCUCGUUCUGGUACACCAUACAGUCGUCGGUCGGGAUCCAAUGAAAGUCGUCAUUCAAACAGCUCGAAUGGUUCGGCUUCUCCACAUACACCCCGAUCUGAAGGUAAUCGUAGUCGUCGUUCGCAGAGUCGGCAUAGCAGACAUUCUGCUAACCUGAAGGGUGACGAAGACAGCCGAUCUCGAUCACCAAACUUAGAAAUUGACGAUAGCCAACGAUCUACGUCCCGGUCACGUUCUAGGUCAAAGUCUCCUAGCAGAAGUCAUACACCUGAAGUUAGAACAUCCCGCUCGCAUUCUCGCAGUGGGUCUCCAAAGGCUCGCUCCAGAUCAAAGACUCCAGCUACUAAAAAAUCACAAUCUCGAAGUCGUUCCGCAUCGAGAUCCCGUUCCAAGUCAGGUACUCCACCGUUAAGAAAGAGUAGAAGUGGUUCUGAGUCUGGCAGUGAUGUUGCUGAAAAGGAAUCCGCCAAGAAAAGGAAAGUUGUUUCAAGCGACUCUGAAGACAACGAUGGAGGGAAGAAGAAUACUGAAAGUAAGCUUAAGAAAGCCAAAAUAAUAGACACAGACAGCGAGGACGAACCCCAGACACAGCCCACAGCUGGAGAUGUAAAUGAACUCUUCGGCGAUGCAGAUGAUAUCAGUGUUUCCGACGAAGAUGAACACAAGUCAGAUCCCGAAGCCGAAGAAGGUGCAGCUAGAAAAAGUCGCUCUCGAUCUAAAUCUCAAUCAAGAUCUCGUUCAAGUUCCGCACAUUCCGCUGCCAGAUCUCGUUCACGUUCAAGAUCAAGAUCCCGCGACGCACGCAGUAAAUCGAAGGAACCAGAAAAAGAAGAUGAACCAGAACCUAUACCAGAAACUAGAAUAGAUGUUGAAAUUCCUAGAAUUGUUACGGACCUUGGCAAAGAGAUCCAUUUUAUUAAAUUGCCCAACUUCUUAUCUGUGGACACUCGUCCAUUUGAUCCAGAGACAUAUGAAGAUGAAAUUGAUGAAGAAGAAACAAUGGACGAAGAAGGUCGGCAACGUAUCAAGUUGAAGGUCAGUAACACUAUUCGCUGGCGAGAGUUCAUGGACAAUCAUGGAGAAAUGAAAAGGGAAUCAAAUGCCCGAUUUGUUCGGUGGUCAGAUGGUAGCAUGACAUUACAUCUUGGGAAUGAAACCUUCGAUGUAUACAAACAACCGUUGCAUGGAGACCACAAUCACAUGUUUAUUCGCCAAGGUACUGGUCUUCAAGGCCAAGCUGUAUUCCGUACAAAGUUGACGUUCCGACCUCACUCGACUGAAUCGUUUACUCACAAGAAGAUGACAAUGUCAUUGGCAGAUCGGUCCACAAAAACCAGUGGUAUUAAAAUUCUUACACAAGUUGGAAAGGAUCCUACUACGGAUCGAUUGUAUUAUUUAAAGAAGGAGGAAGAGAAAUUGCGCCAGGCAAUGCGCAAUCAAAAUAAGCCGAAGCCCAAAAAAGCUGGUCGUGCCGGUGCAAGUGGUCAGGAUUCCCAUGGAGGACCGAAUGCUUCGUAUCAUCAAGACGACGGUAGUGACGAUGAAAAUGCUAUCUCACUUAGUGCCAUCAAAAACAAAUACAAGAAACCUUCAGCGACAACAUCAGCAGCAACAGCAGACACGAAUAAGGGUUCAGCUAUAUACUCAUCAGAUGAAGACGAAGGAUCUGAUUUUGAGGGAAGACGCAAUAAGAAAAUUGACAAAAAUAAGGUGACAAAGGCUCUGCGAGAUUCAGAUGAUGACUCGGAACAUUCAGAGGCUGAAGGUAGUAAUAAGAAAAAAGACGAUGAUGACGAUGCAGAUGAUGGCAGUCACCACAGUGCCACCGGUGCUAGCGAUGCAAGCGAUGAUGAAUGAUUACUUGGAAGAGUUAAUUUCUUUCUUUGCUCUAAGGGGUUCAAGUAAUGUGUUUUUGAUUUGAUAAAAAAACCUUUCGUUAAAUAAAAUAAUUCAAAUAUCAAAAACAACAUCAAAGCAAAGCAGUUUUGUAUUGGAAUUUUAAUAUCGAAAAGAUGCAUUUAAUAAACUUAGAUUAAGGGUAUAAGGAAGUGUAAAUCUUAUCGAUGCUAGAUUAAAGG